AUGGGCAAACGAUUACUGGACCUGUUCCUAGAUGUUGUUGUAUCUGGUAUCGAUGUUGCUUCCCAGUGGCAAUCAUGUGACCAGAGAGUGACUGAGACGCCGCCCGCCUCAGGUGGAGUGCCGCUGUCGCUGGACCUGCCCACGGCGGUGGGGGCGCUUCUGGGCCUGGUGUCGGCGCUGCUGCUGCUCGCCGUGGCCGCCGUGGCGUGGCUGCUGCACCGCAGGCGGCGGCGCCGGCGGCGCGACGGCUCUCCACCUGCCACCGAGCUGGCGCUCAAGAAGAAGGCCGCCGCCGCCGCCGCAGCCGCCGCCGCCGCCGCAGAGCUGUCCGACAAGGACGACCGCAACCCCGACGUCGUGCCCUCCUACUGCGACGACUGGUCGGAGACGGACGCGGCGUCGUCUUCGCGCGGGACGCCCGUGGUGCCUGCGCCGGAGCUGCCCCGCGACGGCGAGCGCCCCCUGCACCCCGCGCCAGCCUGGGAGGUCUUCAAGGUCUGCCCUGCCGCCUGCGACGCCUACGUGCCGCAUCCGGCGACGCUGCGGAGGCCGCCGGCGACGCGUCUGCAGCAGGCGGGCGUCCGGCCGGAAGUGACGUACGCCGAGCUGCGCCUUCCGCCGCUUCAGGCGGGCCCGCCGAUGCGCCGCUACUACCGCCACGAGCCCGUCGUGUACGCACAGAUCGCGCACGCGCCUCCACCGGCUGCGACUUCCGUGGCGACCGUGACGUCAGAGGCGGGAGGCGCAUGCGCGAUGAGGGCGGCGUCGCCGCAGCAGCUGGAGGUGCUGCAGCAGCAGCAGCAGCAACAGCAGCCACAAGAGUCGCGCGAGGUGGUGACCGUCAGGACGCCCCUGAUGGUCGGCCAGCAAGAGAGCUGCGUCUAGUUGCGCAUGCGCACAGUACCUGCAGCCACGCCACCACUUCUGGACAGUAGGGAUGGCGCCCGAACGAACAUGCCACAAACCCACAAUGAGCUUCUACGUGAGAGUCCGAAAGGAACUCUGACCCGCAAUCAACUCUUCAUUAUCGACGCAAUAGAUUUUAAAUAGUCACCACACCCAGAGGCAUAGAAUUGCUGCCUAGGAAGAACAAAGUUUGUACUGCAAUAGGCUAACAUUUUCACGACCCCCCAUGCAUUGGCAAAGCAUCUCAACGGAUGGCAACUCAAUGGAGGCACUCGUUCGAAAGUAUCACUAUUCCAUAAAGUGUACAUAGCUACAGCAUGCGAAGAAGUGGUUUUCAUCGAGUGUCAGACAAUAUGCGUUUCUGUGUACAAUUCGUCUUUGUGUAACUCUGACGUGUUCUUACAAUUCUUACGCUGGUCCGUUAUGUAAAGCCUAUUAUCUAAUCAGCGAUAUCACAUGCAGUAAAAUAUUCCUAGUUAUACAAUAUGGAAUGUACAAUGAAACAUAUCUUCGUCACUUUCGUAAACAUCCACCUAACCUUAUUCAGGUUGGGUAUCUGCAACAGUGACGGAAGCGCCGAAUUUCUUCAUUUGACGUUUUGGAAGCUCAAAUUCAUUUAAAUGAGUUUCACUUAAACAAUCGCCUAAUUCUGCAGUCAUGUCAUUAUUUAAGUCUUAUCUGUCUUGCCUCUUCUUCUACGCUUCAAGGAGUAGGCUUGUCUCCUGUUCCAUCCUCACAAAAGCCACAUAUUCCUUAGCCUUCCGGUAUUCUCUUUUCUUUAGGUCUAUAGUUCGUUACAAGUCUGACAAUUCUUUCUACACUCAUUCUGUCAAUAUGCGUCUUACAUUGCGUUAUUCCAUACAUUUUCUAUCAUUCGAGCGAAAUAUAUUUAAUUCUCUCCUUCAUAAGAAUUCUUUAUUUGAUCUCUCACUCUACAGUAUUCUACUUUCCGCAUUAAUUUAAUAUCAGUUAUUACAGUCUAAAAUAAAAUGCCCUACAUCUAUCACAACCUCUUAUCUAAUUGAAAGUGGAUUGCAGAUAAAGCAGUUAACAGUUCCACACAUUUAAAUUUGUGUUGUUUUACGCGGUCUUCUUACUUCGCUAUAGGAGAUAAUACCUUUUUCAAGUGUGUAGGUUUCUCUUCCAAAAUUUUCUUUAUAUAUUAGUGAAUAUAUUAGACUUCCUUGCAAAAGGAAUGAUAAUUUUUUCCACUAUAA